AUGCUCGUAUUCCUGGCUGUAAACCCCUCUUCAGGUGGAGGUGCUGCUGCCCAACUGCUCUCUCUAGGAUUCAACUAUCUGCAACUCAGGCCACCAAAACCAGCUGUGGAAUAUCCUACAGAGGACAUCCGAAUUCCCAAGUCGCCCAUAAACGGCAGCAGCCACGACCGACGAAACGAGCCAGGAAAUAAUGAAGGCGAGCCGCUUGAGGACAACCACCUCGACAACAUAUGUCUGGCGACGGGGAGCGAGGAAGAUAAUUGUUUAGUACAGGAUGUAAGUGACCAGCCCGAGCUGCGUGUGUCGCCUCCUUUGCCGCUAAGGGAAGGAUUGCCAUCAAGCGGAGAAGGACCUCCAUCAGACGGAGAGAAGUUACUACCGAGUAGGGAAAGCUUGCCAUCAAUAAGAGAAAAGUUGCCACCAGGCAAGAAGGAACAAUCCUCAAGCAGGAAGAAUUUGCCUUCAAAUAGGAACGGUCCCGGGCACCAGGGAGCCCCUUCCUUGGACGGUCCAGGGCACCAGGGAGUGCCUUCCUCGGACGACCGGAAGCCCUCUCAGGGGGCGGUCCGGGAGAUUUUGGGUAUGAUGGAGGACUCGCCUUCGGUGCGGGACGCCCUGGCCUUGUGGACGCUCCCGGACGCCGCGACCUCGCGCGGCGACUCCUUAGAGGUCGCGGCGUACGCGACCUUCGACUGGGAGGGUUUGUUGCGUUUGCACGAGGCCGGCGGGAUCCCCGCCCACGGCGUGGCAGCGCCGGGCGGCGUUUAUAAAGGCGAACGAGUGGGCGGACGAAUGGGCGCACACCAGGGUACACGCACAAACGCACAGUCGCGCGACGCCUGUGCGGUGGAGGAGUGUGUGGCGCAGGCAUUGGCGCACAGUGCGUGCUCCGCCGAGAGGUGUGUGGCAGCGCGUGCGACACAGAGCGGAAGCGUGCACGUGUUCAUCGGGGACAUCCGGCAGGGCGCGGACGGGGCCAAGCCACUCUUCCGGUUAUUAGCGCUGGUCUCGCGACAGCGCGGAGUCCGCUGCAGGCUGCUCUGUGCCGGCGGUGAUGGCACACUCAUGUGGGCGAUCAACUGUCUCCGCAGCCACGCCGUCGGACCCGAAGUUGCCGUCGGAAUCGUCCCCUUCGGCACCGGCAACGACUUUGCGCGUGCCGCGGGCUGUCUUACCAAUCCCUUUGCGGUCACCGAUCGCCGGCCCCGUCUGAGCCUCGAACGUGGCUCUCCUGAUGGUAAAGCGGUCACGACCAAAGCCAGUGACACUGGGACUGGAGGCAAGGCCCGUGGCAGUGGGAGUAAGGCCAGUGGAAGUGGGAGCAAGGCCAGUGGUG